AUGUCAACCAGCGGCGCACCGCCACCACCACCUCCGAAGCCUCCUGGACAUAUUUCCUCAGCCGACCCCUCGCGAAGCGGUACACCACUUUCUCAGUCCCAAGCACAACCUGCACCUCCUCCGCCGCUCCCACCCAACCCCACUCAAUCUACACCGCAGCAAGCUCUCCCCACACAACAGCACCAGCAGAUCCCGCCUCCGUCUCACCAGAAUCACUGGCUUCCCACAACGCCGUCGGGAGCCUCACUUGCCUCUCAUACCAUCACAGAUCUGCAUAAGCUCGCCUCCUCUCCUGCCCAGCUGUCCGCGCUGGCAACAUCUCAUCCAAGCUAUGCUUCGUCCUUAGCUCCCCUGAGCCAGCUGCUUACACAGAAUCUGGCAGCCGCACAACAGCUUCAGUCUCUAGAGUCUCAACUCAGCCACUUACGACAGCAGACCGCGCAGCUUCUACUCAAUCACACCAGCCUGCAGACGCAAUGGCGACGGAAGCAAGGCGAGAUGGACGAUGCUCUAUCGCCGUGGCAGCCGCGGGCGAUGUAUCAACGGCUUGUGGCGAGUAUCACGGAGCAGGAGGCCCUACUACGGGCGAUGAUGGAAUCGUUCCUCGACGGAGGUGGCGAAGACAGAUUCUACGAUAACGGUGAUGGCAAAGCGAGCGACAAGGAGGUUACGGAAUGGAUUCGGCGCAUUAGAGAGGGUGCAACAACGUUGGAGAAGCGCAGAGAGAUGAGAGCACGGUGGGACGAGGGAAGAGUUGGUGGAUGGAGAUGA